AUGCAAACAUACACUCACCACACCCAAUCUAAUAACACACCCCCACUACACACAUAUGACUCAUAUGCACUCUUUCAAUUUAUAGACACAGACUAUCGGGGGCUUCUGCUGCGGCUGCACGGGGACGGCGGGUCGCUGCAAGACGCCUACACCAAAAUAGACCAACGGCUCAAGCGGGCAGCCGAGUACGUCAAAACAUGGUACAACUACCAGGCACUCUGGGACAUGGACCUCGAGAAAG